UUUCCCUUGUGUGAUAGCUAGCAGGAAUGGAGAUGGCAAAGGACAGAUAGUUGACAGAUCAACAACAACUUUGAUGUCACCCAUGUAUUUCUCUAACACGUUAUAGGACGUCUUAGCAUGUGUUCCGAAAUGUCAGCAUAAUUUUUAAUCGCAAUAACGUUACGUGGAUUAUUGUAUGGCAUAAACCUUGGAUUUGUGACUGAGUCAGCUUGUUGGCUAACGCUGUUUUGGAACUGUAAAACAUGAAUACCUUGUCGUUUGACGAUCCCUCGCUGGAUCAUUUGGAUCCAAGUCUAUCACUGCAUGAUCCCAGUGAUAUUGACACAGCUCUUCUGAACGAUAUUGAUGAUAUGCUUCAGCUCAUCAACAACCAGGACAUGGAGUUUGGCAGCCUGUUCGACCACCCGCAGUUUGGUUCAGGGCCCCCCCUUGCCCCGGACCCUCCGGCACUGUCCCUCACCGGCGCCGCUCUGCCGGCCCCUGCCCCCUCGUCCGCAGCCCCCUCCUCGUCCACCACCUCCACCACCUCCUCCAUCCUGAGCAGCAGCCCCCACCUGGACGCCCUGCUUGGGCCCCCCAUCUCGCGCAGUUCCACCUCCCCAGACAAGCUCUUCCAGCCGCACACCUUCCAGCAGUCCCCGCUGGCCCAGGUGGCCCCGGCACCUGCCCCAACAGCCGUGCGACCAAAGCAGGCGGCAACUCUUCAGAUCCAGCCUGCCAGUGCGCCCGCACCACUGCCCGCUCCUGGCCCCUUGCUCGUGGGGAAGACGACGACCUACAGUCCCCCUAACCCCCAAGCCCUCUUCAGUUCUCCCUCAAGCCCCCAGCAACAACCACAACCACAACCGCAGCAGCAGCAGCAGCAGCAGCAGCAGCAGCUGGUCUACACUAGCCAGGCUGCAUACCAAGCGGUGAACCAGGGCAACCCAGCUCAGAUGGCUACUAGCCUGUCCACCUCGCCCCAGAGCGUCCAGUCAGUGACCAUCCAGGCCCAGGUGCAGAACUUGUCCAGCUCCCCCAUGUUUACCACUGCUUCCAGCACAACUACGCAGACCAUCUCCCAACACUUGCAGCAGGUUCCUGUCCUGCUGCAGCCGCAGUUCAUCAAGGCAGAGUCUCUGCUGCUCACCACCCUCAAGCCGGACACCGGCACCAUGGUGACCACCAUGGCCACACCCUGCACCACCCUCACCUCCACCACCUCGCCAAUCCAGAGCACUUCACUGCAGGCCCUGAUGAGUGGAGGCACCAUCCUCACCACGGUCCCGCUCGUCAUGGACACAGAGAAGCUGCCCAUCAACCGCAUCGCCAUCAGCAGCAAGCCUGGCUGUCUGCCGCACAAGGGCGAGAAACGUACGGCACACAACGCCAUCGAGAAGCGAUACCGCUCCUCCAUCAACGACAAGAUCCUUGAGCUCAAAGACCUGGUCGCUGGGACCGAAGCCAAGCAGCUCAACAAGUCCGCAGUGCUGCGCAAGGCCAUCGACUACAUCCGCUACAUGCAGCAGUCCAAUCAGAAGCUCAAGCAGGAGAACAUGGCUCUCAAGAUGGCCACCCAGAAGAACAAGUCGCUGAAGGACCUUGUGGCCAUGGAGGUGGAUGGGCCGAAGAUGGAGGUCAAGAACGAGCUGCCCACGCCUCCACCCUCGGAGGGCGGCUCGCCCGACAACAGCCCCUUCCCCCACUCCAGCAGCGACUCGGAGCCCGACUCCCCCAUGGUGGAGGACAGCAAGAUGGAGCGUGCUGGGGCGGGCAGUGCGGGGAUGCUGGACCGUGCCCGUCUGGCCCUGUGUGUCUUCACCUUCCUCUUCCUCUCCUUCAACCCACUCUCUGCCCUGCUAUGUGGGGCUGACCUCAGCAGCUCCUCUGCUGCCACUGGCGGUCAGGGCGCGGGCAGGAACAUUCUGGGUGUGGGACAGAACGCGGAGUCUCAGGGCUGGCUGGACUGGAUGCUGCCCACCCUGCUGGUGUGGAUGCUGAAUGGGGUGCUGGUGGUCGGGGUGCUGGUCAGACUGCUGGUGUACGGAGAGCCCGUCACCAGACCCCACUCCGGCUCCUCCGUGCUCUUCUGGAGACACCGCAAGCAGGCUGACCUGGACCUCGCUCGGGGUGACUUUGCCCAGGCCUCCCAGAACCUGUGGACGUGCCUGAAGGCACUGGGCCGCCCGCUGCCCAUCUCUCAGCUGGACCAGGUGUGUGCAGCGCUGUGGGCCGGCCUGAGGCUGUGCCUGCAGCGUCUGUGGGUGGGCCGCUGGCUGGCCGGGAAGGCUGGGGGACGCCUGCGUCACGACCGCCCCCUGCAGGAGGACGCGCGCAAGAGCAGCCGUGACGCCGCCCUGGUCUACCACCGCCUGCACCAGCUGCACAUGACUGGUAAGCUGUGCGGCAGCCAUCUCGAGGCCAUCCACAUGGCCCUGAGCGCGGUCAACCUGGCGGAGUGUGCUGGAGACUGCCUGCCCGUGGCCACGCUGGCCGAGAUCUACGUGUCCGCUGCCCUGCGCGUCAAGGCCAGCCUUCCCAGGGUCCUUCACUUCACCUCACGAGUGUUCCUGAGUAGUGCCCGGCAGGCCUGUCUCUCCCCCAGUGGCAGUGUCCCUCCAGCCAUGCAGUGGCUCUGCCACCCCCUGGGCCACCGCUUCUUUGUGGACGGGGACUGGAACGUGCGCAGCUCCCCCCGCGAGAGCAUCUACAGCCAGGCCGGAAACGCAGUGGACCCACUGGCCCAGGUGACCCAGGCCUUCCGGGAGCACCUGCUGGAGAAGGCCCUGUACUGCGUGGCUCAGCCACACGGAGAGAAGCCCACCAGCGAGGGCGAGGGUGAGUACUCUGACGCUCUGGAAUACCUGCAGCUGCUGACCAGUGCUUCAGAUGCCGCUGGAGCAACAACGCAGUGCUUUGCCAUCGGCUCCAAUAUGGCUACUGUUACAGGCUGUGACCCACACUCCAAGUGGUGGUCAUCUGUGGCCAUCGUGUUCAUUAACUGGCUGCAAGGAGACGAUGCAGCAGCCGAGAGGCUCUACCCAGCCGUGGAGCACCUGCCACGCAGUCUACAGGCGGCCGAGAGCCCGCUGCCCAAGGCAGCCCUGAGCGUGUUCCGGGCAGUGCGCACCCUGCUGGCCAGACCCGAGAACUACCAGCUGAGCCUGAGCUACUGCGAGAGAGCCAGCGGCCUGCUGAGAGAUAGCCUCAAUCUGGGGCCCCACUGCCACUGCAACGCCAUAGACAAGGUGGUGCAGCUGCUGCUGUGUGACCUGCUGUUGGUGACGCGCACUAACGUGUGGCGCGCGCUGCAGAGCCAGGGGGCCCCAGCACCAGCGUCGCCUGCUGCCUCCCAGGCGUCUCCGGCCGAGCUGCACGGCUUCCAGCAGGACCUCAGCUCCCUCAGGAAGCUUGCGCAGACCUUCCGGCCCGCCAUGCGCAGGUUGUUCCUGCACGAGGCUACCGCUCGCCUGAUGGCCGGGGCAAGCCCCACUCGCACACACCAGCUCCUGGACCGGAGCCUGCGCCGCCGCACCACUCCUGGAGCCAAGACAGAGGAGGAGUGUGAGACACGGCCUGGCCAGCGGGAGCAGGCGGAGGCGGUCAUGUUGGCGUGCCGCUAUCUGCCGCCCUCCUUCCUGUCGGCGCCAGGGCAGCGCGUGGGCAUGUUGGCCGACGCCGCCCGCACGCUGGAGAAGCUCGGGGACAAGCGCACCCUCCACGACUGCCAGCAGAUGAUCAUCAAACUGGGCAGUGGCACCACCGUCACGUCCACCUAAACACCGCAAAACUCUUCCACACACACACACAUACACACACUUUCACACAGACAUGAUUCACUUGGACAAAUGCCAUGUAUUAUAAACAAACACACACACCACACACCAGUGGAACAAGUACACACACACACACGCACACAUACUCUCACACACUCAGACCCACAGUUCCUUUGUGAGCGUUGUUUCUUGACGUUAUUUGGGUACAUGGCCUUUUCCGAUCCCACUCUGCUGUUUGUAGAGAUGAGUACAGCCUAGGUGAGGGUGUGUCUCCUGCCCUUUUCUCUCUCAUUUCAGUACCCCAUCAGACAUUUUCACACUUGUCAGCCCCUCCUCUGAUAAGACAUCCAGAUAGAAUGUUAUCACCAUGUAAUAAUAAUGAUUAUUAUUAUUAUAAUAUAAAAAAAAAAACAUUUGCAUUUUUAUAUAUGAAUUUCUAUGUAAUCAUAUUUAUAGCUUCCCUUGAAAACAGAAUUGGGUUGGUUUUGAUGUUUUUGGGCUGCUGAGAGCUGCACUGUAGUGUCAUGCUCUGGCCACUGGGUGGCGUGUUGAUGACUGUGGCUGAACUGGAACACCAGAGUUGAGAAUGUUGAGUGCUUUCUGGAGGGGCUUGAACAACUCCCCUUUUCCAUAGCUGCACGACAAAUAUGGAUCUAGAUGCACAUAUGUAAGCAGUCUGUCUUUCUUUCCUCUUGUUGGUGUUUGUUUACCUGUGUAACAGCAGGAAAUGUAUUUGCUCAUUCAGAAAUAGAACAAUUUGUGUUUUCCUUUGUAUAUAUUUUAAAAGUGUAUUUAUAAAGUUGUGUAAAAGAAAAGGAUUUGGAUCAUCAGUAUUUCGCAGUAGUCUCUUGUGACCCAUGGGAGCUCUGGCAUUGGACCCGCGACAGUGUUACUUCUGAGAAUGAGAGAAAGGUCGUUGGUGUCUUUGAAAAUGUCUUUGAAAGAUUUGAAUCCAAUUUGAGUAUUUAAAGAUUUUUUGCACUAUAGUUGGAGAAGAAAAACGUUGUUAGUGUCUUUGUAGCGUCCUCUGUGAGGAGGCGCUGGCUGCCUUGGCCAGGUGCAAGGUGUCCGGGUGGAGCUGGGAGGUUUGCCCCUUUUAUUCCAACUGGACAGAUAACAUGAAUUGUACAUUUUGUUCAUGGAGUCAUGAUAUAUCCAAAGACAGUUUUGUUUUACAUGGAGAUUGGGGGGACAGUAUCCAGACUAUGAGUAUCCCAAAUCAGCGCUUAGACCUAUUUAGACCCAAGUCUAAAGAGAUAGCCUAUGUGAUCUUUUCACAGAACAGCUCAUGUAGCCUGGCUGUCACCAGCUCACGUUAACUUUUCAUUUGAUCGAGUGUCAACUGGAAAUAUUUACUGUAUAUCAUUUCCUCCCCUUCUACUGAUUUUACUCUUCAGAAUGUAAAUAAAAAUCUGUUUUUGUAACUAUU